AGGUGGCCUACCAGGACGAGAAGCUUCCGCACAAUGUCUCCGUCACGACAAAGGAGGUGGACACCGGUGCGCAGCUCGUCGCCGGCGCCGACAUCGUCCUGGACGAGGCAGAGUCGAUUAGGAUUCGGCGGAAGAUCGAUUGGCAUAUCAUGCCUAUGAUGUGCAUUCUCUACUGGAUCCAAUUCAUGGACAAGACGACUCUGGGUAGCUCCGCCAUCCUCGGUAUCCGCGAAGCUACUCAUCUCACGACUAACGAGUACAAUUGGCUCGGCACAAUAUUCUACCUCAGCUAUCUUGCCUUCGAGUACCCGCAGAACCUUGCCCUGCAGCGCUUCCCCGUGGGCAAAUGGAUGAGCAUCAACAUCCUCAUCUGGGGCACCGUGCUCUGCCUGCACGCCGCCUGCAAGAACUUCGGCGGGCUGUUCGCCGUGCGGUUCAUCCUCGGCGCGUGCGAGGGCGCAAUCACGGCCGGGUUCAUGAUCGUCAGCUCCAUGUUCUACACGCGCACCGAGCAGACGCUGCGCGUCGGAUAUUGGUUCUUGAUGAACGGAACGGCUCAGAUCAUAUCCGGCUUCAUCAGUUUCGGGACGCUGCAUAUCAAGACGGAAGGCUUUGAGCCGUGGCAAUGGCUUAUGAUCAUCACCGGCAUCUUGACACUCAUCACCGCGGUCGCGUACUGGUUCCUCUUCCCCGACUCUCCCACGAACGCGUGGUUCCUGACGAUGGACGAACGCGCAAAGGCGGUUCGACGUAUCAAGGAAAACCAAACCGGCGUCGAAAACAAGCACUUCAAGAAAGAGCAAAUGAUCGAAGCCCUCACCGACCCCAAGACCUGGCUCUUCGCGCUCUUCUCCGCGCUCGACAACGUGCCCAACUCGCUCACGAACCAGCGCACGAUCAUCGUCUCCUCUUUCGGCUUCAGCAACCUGCAAACCACGCUCCUCGGCUGCGUCGACGGCUUCAUCGAGAUCGCGACGAUCUGGACGGGCGUCACGCUCGCCGCGCGCAUGAAGAACGCUCGCGCGUGGGUCGGCGCGGUGUACUUUGCGCCGAACCUCCUCGGCGUGAUUUUGAUCAACACGCUGCCCUGGAGCGAUAAGGUCGGGCUGCUGUUCGGACAGUGGUUGACAGGUGUCGGGACAACUGGCUUUGUGCUCUCGUUGUCGUGGCUUUCGAGUGUGACUGCGGGGCAUACGAAAAAAGUAACGACAAAUGCUAUUAUGCUCUCGGCGUACUGCGUCGGAAACGCCGCCGGUCCGUUCAUGUGGCAACAGCGUUACAAGCCUCGUAACCACGUCCCCUGGAUCAUCAUCGGCAUCUGCUACGUGAUCUGCCCCGCGCUGCUCCUCAUCAUCCGCCGCCUGCUCGCCGCGGAGAACAAGCGCCGCGACAGCGAGCCGCCCGACGAGACGUACGACGACGUGUACAUCGAGACCGUCGACGGGAAGGGCAACGUCGUCGAGCGCAAGGUUGACAAGGAGUUCCUUGAUUUGACGGAUAGACAGAAUAGGGACUUCCGUUAUGUGUUGUAACGUCGGAAUGAUUUCGGAGGGUGCGAAAAUGUACAAAUCUAGACCAUAUUAACAGAUAUUUUGCUUUUCUCUGUUAUUGACAUUUACACCUGCAGGGAUAAGAGUGUGUCGGACAUAUCUCUGGCGCCUGUCGCAUUGAGGAUUGAUGGGGCUAUACACUGAAGGUAGAAUUAUAUUAGCCUUUCAUUGAUGACUAGUUCUGCCCAACGAUGGCUACAUGCCAAGUUUUUGGAGUCCGUAUGGAUAUGACAGUGCAUUAGUUACAUUUCUUGUAGGUAUACAGAAACCGGAGCUAUGUAGGAAGCAGCAAUCACUCCCGGUUACCGUCUCCA